AGCAGUAGUAGCCGCCGCCGCCGCCGCUCAGGUGCGAGAGGAGGAGCGGGGGGAAGGCAUGGGGAGCGGAUCAGGUGACGGCGGCCCGGCGCACCUGGGCUGAGCUCCGGCUUGUUUUUCUCCCGAGAAGGCAGCUGGCGAGCAGGCAUGGGGAACCAAGUGGAGAAACUGACCCACCUGAACUACAGGGAAGUUCCUACAGCCGACCCGACGGGCAUGGACAGAGAUGAGGGUCCGAGGAUUGGGGUCUCCUACAUUUUUUCGAAUGAUGACGACGAACUGGAGCCGCAGCCGGAUUCGGGGGUGACGAAUCUAGGCCGAGAGCACCCCUCUUCUCAGCCCUACGACCCGCAGCUGCACGAAGUGGAAUGUUCGGUUUAUUAUCGCGAUGAGUGUAUCUAUCAGAAAAGCUUUUCUGGGGAUGACGUGCUUCCAGCGGAGGGAGACGGUGGUGGAGCGGGGCCCCUGGCCACCUACACCCCGGAGAACCUUUUGAACAAAUGCAAACCGGGUGACCUGGUGGAGUUUGUGUGCCAGGCCCAGUACCCUCAUUGGGUGGUGUACAUCGGGGAUUUCCAAGUGGUACACCUGCACAGGUUGGAAGUGGUGAACGGCUUCCUGACGGACGCCAGUCAGGGCAGGAGGGGCCGCAUCGCCAACCAGCUGUACCGUUACAAGCCGCUCAGCCCGGCCACGGUGGUCCAGAACGCCUUGGACCAGGUCGGCUGCAAGGACCGGGAUCUCAGCUGGAGGAACUCAGAGUGUUUUGCCGCCUGGUGCCGCUACGGCAAGCGGGAGUUCAAAAUCGGCGGGGAGCUCCGCAUCGGCAAGCAGCCCUACCGGCUGCAGAUCCGGCUGGGCGACAAGCGCAGCCACACGCUGGAGUUCCAGAGCCUGGAGGAUCUCAUCAUGGAGAAGCGGAGGAACGAUCAGAUUGGCCGGGCGGCUGUGAUCCAGGAGCUCUCCAGCCACCUGCAGGCGGCCGAUGAGGAAGAAGGCUGCGAUCCGGCAGCCCGGACUGCUACCGAGUAGCGACUCAUGCUCGAGCAGGCUUCUUAGCCUGGGUGACGGGGAUUAAAACUGAAGGCUGCGAAAUUGAGCUGUUAUAAGCCCUUUGGGCUGCUUCAGUGCAGCUUGGCUCCAAUCACAAGUGAAGUGAUGGUGGUGGCGGGAAGGGGGGGGACCACUGGAAAGCUGAUUAAGUGUCAGUGCUUGAGCUCUUAACUCCUACAGUGCUGGACGGAGCAUCAACUUUCCGUGUCGAAGGUUAAAACUCAGGGAGACCUCCCCCUUGCUCUCUGUUAGGCAGAAGCCUAUCCCCAAAUCUCUUCCUCGUUCUGGAA